UUGUCGAUCGUAAAAGUGAUGCAGUGAUUUGAUAUUUUAAAAGGUUUAAUGUCCUGGUUCCACUAUGAUUUAGAUUAUUCGAUAGCUUUUUAUUAUUAUUAUUUGAAAAGCAAAAAAAAGGGAAAAAAACCUAUCCCAAUUGUUGGUACAUCAUGGUGAAGUGGGCUAAAACUAGGAAAGUUGCGUAUUCCAACCUGCACCAAGCACCAAUAGGGUAUGGUUGAUGGGUCGUUGGGAGCAUUAACUGUUCUUCACCGACAAACAUUGAAUAGAGUCUCGUAAGUACCCAGAAAUGGCCAACACCAAUCGCCAAACCAUAAAUGCUCUUAACCUUUAUUUAGUCAAUGCUCCUAGUCUCUCUCUUUUUUCAGCUUUCUUCUUCUUCUUCUCUUCUUCUUCUUCUGCUUCUUCUUAUCGCUAAGAAAGCAAGAGAAUCUUUCCUUCUUUCUCUUCUUCAGGUUUCCGAGCUCGUUAUUCGCCUCUUUUUGAGUGAUUAGAAGUUGAAGAAGAAAUGGUUGGGAUCUUUUCGAUGGUGACAGGAUGGCCAGGACCAAGCGGCUUUGGUUCAGCUUCCACUGCCGAAGAGGUUACUGAAGGAAUUGAUGGACGCAACCUCACUGCUAUAAUAACCGGAGGAGCAAGUGGAAUUGGCUUGGAGACUUCAAGAGUAUUGGCUCUUCGAGGAGUCCAUGUCAUCAUCGCUGCAAGAAACUUGAAAGCUGCCAAUGAAGCAAAAAAACUUAUUCUUACAGAGGGUGAAACUGCCCGUGUAGAUGUUUUGGAGCUUGAUCUUUGCUCUAUCAAGUCUAUCAGAGUAUUUGCUGACAAUUUCAUUGCUCUUAAUCUUCCUCUCAAUAUCUUAAUAAACAAUGCUGGGAUCAUGUUCUGUCCCUUUCAGCUUUCUCAAGAUGGAAUAGAGCUGCAGUUUGCAACUAAUCAUAUUGGGCAUUUCCUCUUAGCAAACCUUCUGUUAGACAAAAUGAAGAACACGGCUAAAGCUACUUGUAUUCAGGGAAGGAUUGUUAACUUAUCAUCUAUAGCCCACAACCACAGUUAUAAAAAUGGGAUCCGAUUUGAUCAGAUCAAUGAGAGAGAUGGUUACAAUGACAAAAGAGCAUAUGGGCAGUCCAAAUUAGCAAAUAUAUUACAUGCUAAUGAACUCAAUCGUCGAUUGCAGGAGGAAGGUGUGAACAUCACAGUAAAUUCGGUCCACCCAGGAUUGAUUAUGACGCCUCUGUUUAGACACACUGCCGCUCUGAUGAAACUUUUUAAGUUGUUCACUUUCUUCCUUUGGAAGAAUGUUCCUCAGGGGGCAGCUACAACCUGCUACGUCGCCCUGCACCCUCGCCUGAAGGAAGACACCGGGAAAUACUUUGUGGAUUGCAACGAGAUGACACCAAGUUCAUAUGCUAGAGAUGAGGCUUUGGCAAGGCAACUAUGGGAUUUCAGCAACAAAUUGAUUAACUCAGUUUCAAAACCUUAAUCAAAUCAGAUGCUCAGCUCUCCAUCCAAAUGAAAAUUACAUCAUACAAGUUGAAACAGUUGCACUAUUCCACAGUUUCUCUCUACAUGUUUUGAGUUCCCAUUCUAAAUUUAUUAGUAAAAAUGUUAAAAAGGGGUUUCCUCCUUGGCAUGGCUAGGAUUGAUUUUCACCACAGGAAACUUUAAGCAUGAUUAUAGUUUAAAUUGCUGUUAUUUCCUCUUAAGUGUUAGACAACAUAAUAGUUUCAUGCAUGAGUGAAUUUUUCAUGUUUCGAAGGAAUAAAAUCCCUCCUAUAUUCAUAUUAAUAUAGUUUCUCAUAAUUUUUUCCCCAUAUUUUAUCUUUUGUCAUCAAUUUUUUUUUACACACCACAAGAGUAUUUAAUCCAAUUGGUAAAGCAAAAAGUUCCCUUUUCUUAUCAACUUGUGUUCAAAAGCACUUCAAAAAUAAUAUUUUAAAUCCAUCGUACCAAUUUAAAAAAAAA